AUGGCAUCUUCCUCUGAGCAACCGAAACAGCCAACGCCUUUUCCCCAUGGCGUGUUCCUCCCGAACGGUCAUCAGACCGACCCAGCACUGCCUCCCGACCACCCUACAAUCGGCUACAAGCUGAAUCACUUUAUGCUUCGAAUCCGUGAUCCUGCCAAAUCAAUCCCAUUUUAUGUCGACCUGAUGGGCAUGAGGACUGUCUUCACAAUGAACGUCGGUCCCUUCACGAUCUACUACCUCGGAUACCCUCAAACGGACGAGCAUCGGGCGGACCUCCCCAAGUUUGGCGCCGACACGGCUGGUAAUCUGCAGCAUACGCUUGGGCUGUUGGAACUGUAUCACGUCCAUGGAUCGGAGAAGCAGGAGGCCGGGUAUUACUCCACGGGCAAUGAACCAGGCCACCUAGGGUUUGGCCACCUGGGUUUCACGGUGCCGGAUGUUCCCAAGGCGUUGCAACGAUUAAAGGAUGCGGGCGUCGAAGUUGUGAAGGACCUAGGUGUCUGUACCAGACAGUGGAUUCCGAUCACUGACUGGGAGAAUGAGCGAGGAGUCGGCGUGGAGGUGAAAGGUACCGACAGUGAGAUUCACCCAGAAUAUGCAAAAGUAUUCAACAAGAUCGCGUUCGUAAAGGAUCCGGAUGGAUAUCUCGUGGAGCUCGUUCCGCAGAAUAUGGAUCCCAAAAAUCCGUGA